GUGCACCCACGACCCAUUUCAACACAACAUGCCAUGAGUGUUUUUUAGUGCACAUCCAUAACCACCACGUAUGUGGUCUCCAUCGUGUCACACAUCUUUUCAGGUCUUCCUAAAUGAUGUGGCGUUAAAGUUGUUGUUACCUCACCCUAAGGAAGUGAGAUUAUUGAUCAGGUUGUGACCUAUGUUAAGACCAGUCAUCGCUUGACCUGUGGGUAUAGUAUCAAAUUUUGCCCAGCUUAUCCCCGAACAUCUGAUUAUGGAGUCUUAGGUUCCAUGAGGCGUAGCGAUGACCCUUGAUUGAGAGCAAAGUUGGGGUGAAAUGAUGAGAAUAGCAUCGCUUUUUGGAUUUCUGAGUGGCCAGAUAAUGUUGUGGAAAUGGUAGGAAAGAUGAAGGCGUUCAGCUGGAAUAUGAGUUCUGAAAGAGAAGAAGGUGAUCGUGUACCUCUAAAAAAAAGUAUAAAGAACCUCAAAUCUACAGAUUCAUACAGAAAGAAUCAGAUCAGCACAAAGCUUCACUCUUCCUCUUCUAAAUAACACCUUUUCUGCAAUCCUUGCCCAGAACAAAAUCAUACACCGCAAAAAUGAAAUCAACAAUUACUCUCUCCACUCUUCUUGCAGUAGCUACGGCGACUCCCUUCCUCAAAGCUCGAAGUCUCGAUAUCUCAGCAUAUAAAGCUGUGCCAACCGUUCCGGUCACAGGAGCCCCUGCCGGUAACACGGUCACAGCAAGUAUCACAUACAAUCCCUCAUCUGUAGCAAGUGCUGCUAUUGCAGCCGCAACUUCAUCUGUCGCUAUUGUCAAUCGUAGACAUAAGCGUAGCUCUUGCUCUAAUACCUGCGCUGUCUUGGCUGCGGGGAACGGGCCUAGUGUCAACAGUCCGGAUACUGCUGCAGCAUUUCAGGCAGAUCAAAAUCUCGCUGAUGCAGCACUGAAUGCCGUAACUCCCCCAGACUACGCUCUGGUCGAUGGGUUCCAAAAUGUUGAUGCAGCCGCUCAAUCCGCUACAUAUCUAACAUACAUCUCGGAUUCAGUCACUUCUUACGAUCCUGCAAUUUGUGCCAACGCAUGCAACAAUAUUCAGGGCUGCACAUCUUUCAAUAUUUUCUUCGAGCGAGAUCCAACUGUUGUUCCAGACACAGAGGACUGUCCAAACCCACCCUCCCAAACCCUUAUAAAAUGCUCUCUUUUCGGUGGCUUGUUGGACGCUUCAUCAGCUACAAACAGCGGCCAAUGGCAAGCUGAUUUCCAUGUUGUGAUUGCUGGUUCAAACUCAUACAAUGCCGUUGCGCCUCCAGCCAUCCCAGGAUAUGGAGGAGUGCAAAACUUUGGAACUGCCGCCGUUAAUGCCCCUGCAAAUACUACAACAUAUAUGGGAGUGGAAGCUUUCCCUCAGACUCAGCCAUACGACCCGACUGUUUGCGCUGCUGCUUGCAGUGCAAAGAGUAACCCUAGCUGCGCAUUCUUCGUAUCUUACAUCUUGUACGAAAAUGGAAAGAACGGUGUAUUCACUUGCACAUACUUUACUGUCCCUUACGGACCCGACAGAGCGAACGAGAUUGGACAAUAUGAUGCUCAAGGAAAUCAUUACACAGUCGGCCACAGCUUUGGGUUUACUAUCGAUGGCGCCACAUAUUAAUAGACUGAGUAAGUGGUCAUGUUGUGGUAGCUGCGGUGUUUCUUUGUGAGGGAGGGAGGCGGGGGAUGAUUUCAUGGGAAGUAAUUAAUCGGGGGAAUUAAUUAAAAGACCUGGCGUGUUGGAGAUGAUGUGAAGAGCUUGCUUCUUUAUGAAUAGACUUAUGAAUCUCCUGCAAUCAAACCAUUGGACCCAUUGGUAGCUCCUGACUGUGCAUCGUACAACUGAGCCACUAGUAAUUAAUCUAUUCGCGGAUGAUUUUCUCAUAUCAUUUUAUUAUAUCAAAUGAUAUAUGCCCUGCCAUGGAGGGGAUUGAUUUUUCGAACAAUCCACACUGCAGUCCGAACUUCACCA